GCAACAGUCGGCAGAGGAGCUGCAGUUGUGCCCUUGGGAUUUGCUUUUCUGAGAGAGGAGAGUGAAACUCCCACCUCCAGCUUUCAAAGGAGCUUUUCCCGAGGGCACUGCAAAGAGGCUCCUUUUCUUUCGGUUCAGCAGUAUCAGUGUGCUUCAGCUGAAUGGCUCCAACAGAACAGUAAGAUCUCAUCGCCCAAGUCAGAACCAUGGCUCCAAAACAAAAACAAAAGAAAAAGUCAUCACGUGGCAAAAAAAGCCCAAAACCAAUAUUAGCUGCUAGUGAAGACAUGGAACCAGUAAAUAUGGAGAGCAUGGGUCAUCCAGAAAUUUAUCCUUUAGUGUUAACUACCAAGACCCAGGAAAUAUUUAACUGCCGAAUAGAUGAAGAUGUCACAGAUGAACAACCUUAUAAGCUUAUUAAUAAAGAAGAUAUUUUUGAGGACCUGCGCAACAGAGCUGCAGUAUCUGAUUUCCAUCCAGUCAAAAAAAUUGUCCAGGAAUAUCCUGGAAAUGAGCUUCUGCUUGUUUAUGACAAAGACUUCAAAUAUGGACUUAACUUUUAUCUUAUUGGAACUGAAGAGGGCAAAGAAAACUAUUUAAAUCCCCCAGAAGUGCCAGAAGAACAAGAGGUAUAUAAAGAACAUAUUCCUGAAGAUGUGUAUGUUUAUGAACCACCUGUCUCUAAACCAUGGGUUUCUUUGGGCAGCGAAAAAGAAAUUGAGGAAGAAUCGGUUAUGGAAUCUACAAAGCAGAUUACAUAUAUGAUUUCUCAAAAACGAAGUGAAUUUGGUGCACCAGUUAAGUUCAGUGACCAGAAUGCUUCCAGUGUAAAAGAUGCCUAUAUUGAAUGUACAGCCUACCCAGAUAAAAAUUUUACCCUUAAACAACUUGAGAAAGAAGUCGGCAUGCAAGCAAUCCCUCAAAUAAAAGACAUCAGCACUCAGACAGAAUGGACAUAUCCCAAAAAUGCUACCACGCAAUAUUAUCCAAGAGAAUUCUCAGAAGAAGAAAAAGAGACCCUCAAACAAUCAAAGCCUUUGGUUGAUUUUCUUAACAAUGCAUCCAUAAGUGUUGAAAUAGCCCUGCAGCAAAAUGAAAUCAUGAACACAUUCAUUGAUGACUGGAAACACCUUGCAGAAGAAGAAGGCACCUUUGGGGACAAGACUGAUACCCACCUGAAAGAGUACCAGUCCUUUACCGACCUUCAUAGCCCAACAGAGAAAAUGAUUACCUGUGUCUCAUGGCAUCCAACUAUCUAUGGGCUAAUAGCUGUGUCAGUAGCUGUGCGACUUUCUUUUGAAGACAGAGUUUACUUUUCUGGUAAAUUAUUGCUGCAGCCAUCACUGAUUCUUUUCUGGAGCUUCUCCGAUCCUAUACAUCCUCAGUUAAUGCUGGAGAGCCCAGAUGACAUCUUCUGCUUCAAGUUCUGUCCGAGUGAUCCUAAUAUCAUUGCUGGAGGCUGUAUCAAUGGGCAGAUUGUCCUGUGGGAUAUCACUGCACAUGCAGAUCGCAUAGAAAACAUUAAGGCAGGCAGUAGUAGAAGUACGAAGGCCACACUGAAGCCUAUGUUUCUCCUUGAACCAGAGAGUAAUAAAGAAGCAAUGUAUAUCAGACACUGUGCAGUCUCUUCAAUAGAGAGUGGACAUAAGAAAGUAAUUACAGAUAUACACUGGCUGUCUGAGACGUUUGAGAUUAACAGAAUGGGCUCCGUCUUUGAAAAUCGAAGUGGAAUAUGCUGUCAGCUUGUCACAUGUUCAGCAGAUUGCACAAUAUGUUUUUGGGAUAUUAGACCACAGAAACCUUUAACCCCUCAAACAACAGAGAAAAAGAAGGAAGAAAGUAUUGAAAUUCCUUUUGAUGUACCAUCUACUUUUUUGCAUCUAGAUCUCUCCUGGAAACCUCUCAGUAAGAUAAGGCUGUCCAAGGGUGAAACAAGUUUAGACCACUGCCCAACCAGAAUAAGCCUGAAUGAAGACCGUCUUCUUUACAAAACAGAAGACAAAACGUUAACACAGAGCAAAACAGUGAAGGCAGGAGAAAGGAAUCCAUACCAUAAUCUAGAAAGUGGGAUGGCCAAUCUUCUCAAGCCAAUAGAUGACUUCUGCACAAAGUUCUUUGUGGGAACAGAGGAUGGUGAAGUGAUAUACACAGAUUGGAAAAUGGAAAAAGACCCUGAAACUGGCCGACUUAUGCCAAAGAAGCCAGUGAGCAUCCACACCAUUCAUGAUGGAACUGUCCACACUGUUCAGAGAUCACCUUUCUACAAUGACAUUAUUCUCACAGUUGGGGGGUGGAACGUGGCCAUAUGGAAAGAAGGUGUCACGACCGGACCCCUCUUUCAGUCAUGCUGUGCACCAAAAAUGUAUACCUCAGGCCACUGGUCCCUGACUCGGCCCGGAGUUUUCUAUAUCGGCCGAGAAGAUGGAUAUAUUGAUAUCUGGGACCUUCUGGAGAAAACCCAUGAACCGGCCCAGUCUCAAAACAUUUGCAUAUCUAUGAUCACCUACAUCAAACCCUGGAUCUUUUCUGCUAAACAGCAAUUUAUAGCCAUAGCUGAUUAUUAUGGAACACUGCAUAUAUUAGAAAUUCCUUGGACAUUAAGUCGCCCUUCCACCAAUGAGAUGACAAGUGUUAACCACUACUUUGAAAGAGAAGUCAAGCAUCUGGAAUAUGUAGAACAACGCAAAAAUAUUCGUGAGCAAGAAAAGAAAGAAAUGGAACUAGAAAUGGAGAAGAAAAAAAUUAAAACUUUGGAUGUCCCUUCCAUCCCAAUCCUUGCCGUUCACACAGAGGCCUUCAUCCCAGGCAGAAGGGGAAAUCCAACUGCUCCUACUUAUCAGCUUGCUUCUGGCCACCUUUCCAAGAAAAGUGCUUCCCCUGGGCCACUGUACAAAUUGUAGGACUGUAUGCUAAACAAAAUAUUAGCAAAUCAAAUUCAGAAAUAUAUGUAUAUGUGUAUAUAUAUAUAUAUAUAUAUAUAUUUUUUUUUUUUUAAGAGGUUAACACAUGAAGACCAAGUUGGGUUUAUCCAAGGAAGAUAAAGUCAAUUUAAGAGUAGAAAAUAAAUCAGUGACUAAUCAAAAGAGAGAAAUUAUGAUAACAAGUAGAUGCAGAAAAACAUUUUAUAAAAGUUGACAUCCAUUCAUGAUAAUAACAAUAUGUUAUUAUCUACAGAAAGAAUUCCCUUAAUCUGAUAAAGGGUGUGUAAAACAAUACUACACCAAACAUCCUACUACAUGGUGACAAGCAGAAAGCUUUCCUUUGAGAUGUGGAACAAAACACAGGGCACACCAUCAGGUGCCUAACAUCACGUACUGCUGUUGCCUUUUUGUGCCUGUGCUGGUUAAGCCUAGCAUAGGCACCAACAAGCAACAACAGUAUAUGAAACUGAGAUGCAGAAGAGCUCGGAGCCAGAUUAUGAAAGUUCCUGUAUACCAAGCUAAGGAAGCUGGAUUAUAAUUUAUGGGGAAUGAAUAGAAGAACCAAACAGGAAGUGACCCAAUCAGCUUUACUUUUAGGAAACAAGAAAUAAAUUAGAGUGGGGUAGAGUCUCACGGCAAGAAAUCCUAUUAGGAGGCAAGAGGAAUUGUUCAAGGCAAAGGACCAGGAUGCCCUGUACUAAAGCUUAAAAUGAAGAUAAAAGUGAAAGGCUGGUUGGAUGGGGAAGGGAGGACAAAGGAUAAUACCAAGGUUUAUAAGUUAGAUUGCUAGAGGAAAGAAAACUCUGAGGUCAGAUAGGUUUUAGCACUUAACCACCUGUGUGCCCUUGAACAGAUGACCGAGCUCUGUGAAACAGAUUCCCCUUCCAUCAAGUCAGGUUGAGAGAACUUACCUUGUAGCAUUUAUGUAAAGGAAAAAUGAGCACCUGCAGAUAAGGGGCCUGUGCCUGGCACAUAUUUUUUUCAUCAUGAUUGGAAUAUCCCAGGGCUCAUCCUUAUACCUCAGCCUCUUUUAUUCUUCCUUUUUUCUACACUCACUUCCUAGGUGCAUUCAUCCACUCACUCUCAAGGCUUUAAAUACUACCUCUGUCCCUGACCUGGACUUCACUCUAAAAUCAAGAGAUGUGUAUCUAUUUGACUUUUUGUAUCUCCACUUGGAUAUGUAAUAGGUAUCUCAAACUUAAACAUGUCCAAAAUUGAGUGCUUGAUGUUUCCCUCCAAAACCCAUUCCUCCAGCAGUCCUCCCAGCCACCAUGCUGCUUGAGGCAAAAGGCCAUCUUUCAUCUUCUUUCUCUCACAAUCCACAUCCAGUCUGUUGGCAAGUCCUGUUGACUACACGUUCAGAAUGUAUCCGGACCUGAUCACUUCUCUUCUCCCUUGCUGCUACCGCCAUGGUCCAAGCUGCAUCAUCACCAGCUCGGAUUUUGCAGCAGCCUCCUGUUCUCUCUGCUUCCAUGUUGUCAUUUUCAGUCUCUUUCAGCCACAGCCAGAUGGCAGUUUUAAAUGGAUGCUGUAAGAUGCUGUCAUCCUUCUGCCCAGAGUCCUUCCUCAGCCUCAUAGCUCACUCAGAGUAUGAGCCCAGCACGUGUCUGUGCCCUGCAAGCCCUUGUGUGGCAGGCUCUCCAUUGUCACCAGGUCUCAUUCCUCCUACCUCUCCCUUCCAUCACACCCAUGUCAGUCAUGCUGGCCACCUAUUCACCAAAUAUGCCAGGCGUCAUCCUCUCCCUGAGCAUCUGUGCUUGCUCCUCUGUACUUUUUCCAGAGAUUUUUCUAAUUUUAUUUCACAAGUUCACUCUAAAAAAUGGUGGGGUUUUAUUGGUUUGUUUUAGAAACAGGGUCUCACUCAGUUGCACAGGUUGGAGUGCAUUGGUACAAUCAUAGCUCACUGCAGCCUCAAGCUGUCGGGCUUAAGCAAUCCUCUUGCCUGAGCCUCCCAAGUAGCUAGGACUAUAGACACACACCACCACACCUGACUUUAAAGAAAUAUAUUGAGUGCCUUCUAUGUGCCAGGGUCUAUCAUUUUAAACAGGAUGGUCAGGGAAGGUGACACUUGAGCAAAGGCCUGAAAGGCAUGAGGGGUUUCACCUGUAGUCUUCCAGAAGUGCGUUCCAUAACUCAGUCUCCCUCCCUUCAGUGAAAAGAAGCGGAGACUACAGACAACAGGAGUGUCAUGACUCAUAAACUAUGACCGGAGGCUGAGCACAUUGUUGUCUCAAAUAAAAGCACGGUGCGUCAGCACAGAGGACUGGAGUAAUAGAUAUUGAGUAAGUGUCUGCCUUAGGGUUAGCAAACAAAAAGCUUAGUAUGGUGGCUAGCAUAUGGCAAGCAGUAAAUAUGUUUUGCCUAAUUUACAAAUACAAAGUGAUUGUAACAUUCUUGCUAUAGAAUCUAAACAUGGGGCCUCUUAUGCUUAUGAUAGCAGUUAUUAUCAAUUUAGUGUGACAUUUUGUCUUUUUCUUCUUCUUUUGAGGGGGAGUCUUGCUCUGUCACCCAGGCUGGUGUGCAGUGGUGUGAUAUCAGCUCACUGCAGCCUCCACCUCCUGGGUUCAAGUGAUUCUCCUGCCUCAGCCUCCUGAGUAGCUGGGACUACAGGCACGUGCCACCAUAUGCAGCUAAUUUUUGUAUUUUUAGUAAAGACUGUUUCACCAUGUUGGCCAAACAGGUCUUGAACUCCUGAUCUCAAGUGAUUUGCCCACCUUGGCCUCCCAAAGUGCUGGGAUUACAGGCGUGAGCUGCUGAGACUAGCCCUGUUGUAAUAUUUUCAUUGUGUGUUUACAACCUCAGUUUUCCUGAGUCUCAUCUCCUGUGGCCACCAAGAGGUCACAUAAGCAGCCAUAGCCCAGAUUUCAUGGGACCUUGCCCCACUUGCUUCUCAGGUAUUUCAGCCUUUUGCAGAGUGCUCCCAAGUGUGUCCAGUGGCCCCUGGACACACAUAUAGUUCAAAACAAGCCCACAACCACCCGGCACUCAGGGCUUCCUUCUCUCAAAAUGCUAGAGCUGCCUAAUAGCCUGUAACUUGAGGGAAGGUGCUGGGACAAUGCUUCUGGGUUAGUUCAAGUUCAGUGAGAAGCAAACACCAAGGCAGAGGCAGAGGUGCAAGAGAUUCAUGGGGGGAGAGAGCAGAGAAGCAAGGGAGAAACUUCAGAGCUCAUGGUGGUCUGGUACCUGUGGAAGGAAAGGGAAAAGGACAGAGGAUGAUAGGAUUCAUCUCAGACCACUCAGCAGGGUUUAAUUAUUCAUGAUACCUCUGUUUGUCACUAAGUCUUUGAAACAGACAAACUCACAGUGAUGUUUCUAUGUCUCUUCCUUCUCUGGGGUGAGUUUUCUCUGAGGCUCUUCAACCCCUCAAGCUAAGGUCCUUUUGUUUGAGCCCAGCAAGAACACAGCUGAGGCUCAAGCAAGGAUGCUAACCACCUAUACUAAAGAUGUAGGAAUAUCAGGUGUGAAUGAAAAUGGAGUUAACCAGGGUGUGUCUUUCCAAUCCUCACAGCUCUAACCCUUUUCCUUACCACCCAUUCUUUCCCAACUGUACUGUGAGUCAAUUGAUCUCCUUCUUUUGUCCUUAAGACAUUUGGUCUGGCCUACAGUGUAGUGAAAACACAGGGAUCUUUAGGUCCUGGCAGACCUGAAUCCAAAUCCCAACUUCAUCACCUUGGGCAAACUGCACUGUCCCCUAAGUCUUAGAUGCCUUGUCUGUAAAGUAGAGAUAAUAAUAAUAAUAGCCUCCCCAUACAAAGACAGUGUAUAUAAAGCACCUGGAAUCUAGUUGGCACUUAAUGAUUGUUACUGCCUUUUCUUGCUUUGUUACAGGUGUAUGCAUGUGUGUGUGCACACACACACACACACACCAGAGAAACUAUAGUAUUUCCUCUUUGUUCUAUGUAAUAAUCUCUGAUUUUAACAUUUUUAUUGCUACUAAUAAUAGAAUGUUUUCCUGACUCAAAUGCAACUUAAGCAGUGACUUAUGCAUGCCUGGUUUAAUAUUAGCCUUUGAUCAUUUUCAUAUGAGACCACAAGUGUUGGACAUAGUAUUUAACAAAAAUUUUAAAUAAAUUUGAACAGCUUUCUUUUUUGCAGAACUGAUAAUGCUACUCAGAAAAUUGAUCAUUCUAAUAUUUAAUUUAGAUUAAAUUUAAUUAUCAUUCAGUUUUACAGAUUGCUUUUUAUCCACCAAGAAACAUGUAAUUAAGCCAGCAUAUUUUUGGGUCCUCAGAUAAGCACAUCGUGUGUGUGCACUUCAGAUGAAAAGGCAAUUAACUCUAGUGGGUGGUGGCGCAGGUGCUCUUCACAGCUUCACUAAUCCAGCACUGUAAAUAAUUAACAUCUUCCUUGCCCUUCUACCUCAGAGCACUGCCCAGGGUCGGCGCUGCUCCACUCGGUUGCUAGGUUGCCAUUGCUAGGGCAGAUCUGUGCAACUGAGCAAGGUCCUCACGACGGAAAUUAAAUAUCUCAGUGAAGGGCCAAUGAACCUUUGUGUGGUGAAUUCCCUCCUGCAGUCGAUGAGCUGUCUGAGGGCCACGGGCUCAUGUGAAACAGCUCACAUUGUUAGAGCAGAACCUGCACACCAGCAAAACCAGUCUUGGGAGCUUAUUGGGAAACAAUGGAUUUCUAGAAGUUGUGUAAUUGCUUUCAAAUGCUUUCUAGUUAACAAAUAUGAUAGAAAAAACAUAGACAGCAUAACAGAUAAUAUGUUUGGUUUUCUACCAUGCCAAUGCUCCAAACUUAAAAGUAUAGAAAAUAAGGUUUCCCAAACUCAUCUGUACGUGGGAUAUUCUGAGAUGUUUUUCUUUUUUUUUUUUUCUUAAAGAAGGAAAGGAAGAAAGAUGUAAAACAGAAUAUUUCACAUUCUUCCCUGUCAACUAGAGAUGCAUUUUUCAGCCCUUUUUAGGAACCAUAUCUUUAAGAAUAAUAAUUCCCUUUAGAGAAAAAGAAAAACUGUAGAAAAUAAUGCUAAAUAAAAUCUCAAAUACAGAAAGUGUCUGGUUUGGCUGGGCGCAGUGGCUUAUGCCUGUAAUCCCAGCACUUCGGGAGGCCAAGGUGGGUGGAUCACCUGAUGUCAGGAGUUCACGACCAGCCUGCCCAACAGGGUGAAACCCUGUCUCUACUAAAAAUACAAAAACAUUAGCCAGGCGUGGUGGCAGGUGUCUGUAAUCCCAGCUACUUAGGAGGCUGAGGCAGGAGAAUUGCUUGAACCCAGGAGGCAGAGGUCACAGUGAGCCGAGAUCGCACCACUGCACUCCAGCCUGGGCAAUGAGUGUAACUCCGUCUCAAAAAAAAGAAAGUGUCUGCUUUAUUUCAGCCUAAGUAAGAAAGUUAAAUAAACAAUUGAAUUGAUACCAAUUGUUCAUUUUUAAUGAAGUUUGUAUGGAUCGAAAUAUAACAAGUAAAAAACAGAGGCCAGUCAUGAUAGCUCACCCCUUUAACCCCAAGACCAGCCUGGGCAAUUUGGCAAAACCCCCUAUCUACUAAAAACAGAAAAAAAUUAGCGAGGCAUGCUGGUACGCACCUGUAGUCCCAUUUACUCAGGAGGCUGAGGCACAAGAAUCACUUGAACCAGAGAGGCAGAAGUUGUGAGCUGAAAUUGCACCACUGCACUUCAGCCUGGGUGACAGAGUGAGACUGUCUCCAAAACAAAACAGAAUAAACUCCCAAGUAUCCAGAAUCCUAACAAGCAAUGGCUAGAACUUCAUUAUUUUUUAGUUCUUCAGUGAAAACUUAUGACAACAAAAGACAAAUAAGCAACUUUUUCUUAAGGAGUUAUCAUCAUGUGUAUAACCAAAUUCAUGGUCCAUCCAAACGUUAGAAUUCAGCUAGAUAGUUAUGUCUGCAGGACUUGACAAUAAUUGCUGAUGGUCAUCGGUAUAAAGACAGCUCAUCUCAAGCUUUGUAAUGUUGGGUAAAUAACCAUUCUGAUUCAUUUCUUCAUCUAACAGAUGGGGAUAAUAAAUCCCACUGCACGGAAUGAUAAAGAUUAAAUAAGAUAAAACAUAUGAAAGUACUUUGUAAAGUUUAAGUGCUUUAAAAACAUAUAAAAUGCAUAUUACAAUAUUUUACGUAGAUCCUGAACUACUUUGGGAUUCUCAGGUGACUUGAAUUAUGAAAGGAAGUUUAAUUAUAUUUAUUGUAGCAUAUUUUUAUUACAUUGUAAUUCCAGAUAGUGUUUAAUUAACAGUCAGGUUGGCUGGGCACAGUGGCUUAUGCCUGUAAUCCCAGCACUUCGGGAGGCCGAGGCUGGCAGAUCACCUGAAGUCAAGAGUUAAAGACUAGCCUGGCCAAGGUGGUGAAAACUCGUACCCACUAAAAAAACAGGUAACCAAGAUAUUCCAUUCUCUUACCCUACUAGAUAAAUAAUUUACAUGUGUUAGCAGCUAAUUAAUUUAGUUUAAUGAUUACGUGGGUCCUUUCAAGAUGAGGGUAGGAAAGAAAUAAAAAUAAAAAUAAUUAUAUGGAUCUUAAAGUCUGAAACUUAGAAAAAGGGAAAAAUACUAGAUAUGGUCAUAUGAAAGAGAGCCACCUGUUUAAAAGGCAGGAUGACAUUUUGUAUGUUCCUUUCAACCCAUCCAUAUCAACUGGGGAUCCAUGUAGCCAUUACUCAACCAUUUUAUUUUUUAAGACUGUUGGAAUUUUGCUCUGCGUUUCUCUAACAGGUACCUUAGCAUCAGGAGAGGGCAAAACCUAGAAAAACACCUGGGCUGUAAGUAGGAAGUACUGGUGAAGCAUCUAGUCCUCAGAAAUGAUAUGCCAUAGACAGAGUUUGAAAUAAAAAGUUCACUGUGAGAAUCUUAAUUUUAAUUGAGAGUAACAGAAAAUCUGCAUGGGGAGGAAGAUGGCAGAAACCACUCGUGCUUGUCAAAUACCCACAUGUACCUCUGCAUUUGCCAGUCUCCUUUGCAAUCAGAUUGGAGCCUUUGAAUUCUAGCCAACAGGAUGUGGGUGGAAGUGACAGAAGCCACUCCAGGCCUGACUUUAACUCAUCUCAUGAAAUCUUCCCACUUUAUCUUCCCCUGCUCUGUGUUCCACAGGCCAUAAUUUACAAAAUAGAGAAAAGUUUCUCAAUCUGUAUCAGACUUUUCACAAGGAGGUGAUAAUCCUUUAUCAUGUUAAACCACUGAGACUUCAGGGUUUAUUUGCUAUGCCAUAGCCAAGCCCAUCCCGAUGAACUAGGGCAGAUUAGAGAGCACUCCGUCUUACUAGAAAAGGUGUGCCUAACUCUCAGUUGGAACUCAGAAUUUGGACUUAAAUAUAUGCACUGUUGAUAAGAUACCAGGAAAAUUAAAAAGCCACAGAUAUUUAAAAAAAACAAAAAAAAACCCUUUCCUGAAUUGAAAAUCACCUGUGUCUACAGAUUGAAAGAACAGCAACUAUUCUAAGCAGAUUCCAAAUUUUGCAGUAAAUGGGUGAAUUGAGAUUUACAUAUCACUCCAAAUCCUAUGCUUUUAAUUCUCAAUGCUGAAGCCAGCAUGGUCAUUUAAAAAUAUCAGAUCUGAACUCCAUCACUUCCCUGCUUACAAAGUUUCAAUGGCUCCUUCUUGCCUCAGGGAUUGGGUCUAAACUCUGCCUUCCUGUGGCAUGGCCCUGCUUGCUUUUAAGCUCAUCUCUUACUGCUUGCUCUCCCUUACUUCUGCUCCAGCCAUUUCACGCCAUGCUAUUCUCCACACAUGCUAUACUCUCUCACCUCUGCCUCCUUGAAAAUGCUAUUCCCUUUCCCUGGAUAAAAAGCUACUAAAAAUUCAAAAAUGCUCUAUGAAUUAGUAUGUUAUCUGUACACAUUUGAAAAAUAAUUCAUACAUAAUCCUCCUAUGGAAAAUGAAUAGUGCUCCAGGCAACCAAAGUAAAUAUAGACUAAAUGGGAUUACAUCAAGCUAAAAAGCUUUGAGCAGCAAAGGAAACAGUCAACAAAGUGAAGAGACAACCCACAGAAUAAGAGAAAAUAUUUACAAGUUACCAAUCUGAUGAAAGAUUAAUAACCAGAAUAUAUAAGUAACUCAAACAAUCGAAUAGCAAAAGAGCAAUCAAAUGAAAAAAUGGGAAAAAUAUCUGAACAGGCAUUUUUCAAAAGAAGACAAAUUCAACAGGUAUAUGAAAAAAAUGCUCAACAUCACUAAUCGUCACAGUAAUACAAAUCAAAACCACAAUGAGAUAUCAUUUCACCCCAGUUAAAGUAGCUUUUAUUAAAAAGACAGGCAAUAAUGAAUGCUGGCAAAGGUGGAGAAAGAACAUUCAUACACUGUUGGUGGGAUUGUAAAUUAGUAUAAUCCCUAGGGAGAACAAUUUGGAGGUUCCUCAAAAAACAAAAAAUAGAACUACCAUAUGAUCCAGCAUUUUACUACUUGGUAUAUACCCAAAAACUAAGAAAAUCAAUAUAUCAAAGAGACAUCUGUUUAUUGCAGCAUUUAUUCACAAUAGCCAAAAUGUGGAAUCAAUCUAAGUGCCUAUUGACAGAUGACUGGAUAAAGAAAAUGUGGUACAUACACAGUGGAAUAUUAUUUAGCCAUAAAAGAGAAUGAACUCUUGCACUUGCAUCAACAUGGAUGGAACUUGAGGUCAUUAUGUUAAAUGAAAUAAACCAAGCACAGAAUAUAUAUGUUCUAGUUCAUCUGUGAGGCUAAAAAAGUGGAUCUCAUGAAGAUAGAGAAUAGAUUAGUGGUUAUCAGAGUUCAGGAAGGGUAAGGGGCAGUAUGGUGGGUGAAAAGUUGAUUCAUGGGUACAAGUAUAUGGUCUGAUAGAAAAAAUAAGACCUAGUGUUCAAUAAAUAGUGGGGUGACUAUAGUCAAUGAUAAUCUAUUAGAUUUCAAAAUAGCUAGAAGAGAAUAAUGCAUCUUACAUAAAGAAAAGACAAAUAUUUAAGGUGAUGGAUAUUCCAAGUGCACUGAUUAACCUUUACAGAUUAUAUAAAUGUAUUAAACUAUUGUCUGUACCCCGAAACUAUGUAUAUCUAUGCGCAUCAAUACAAAUUUUGUUUAAAAAUAAAAUGAAGAGUGCUUAUAAGAAUUUGUUUAGAGAUUAUAAAAAGAAUUGAUCAUAUGAUAUUAAUAACUUGAAAAGUCACAGUAUGAGAAAUGUCUGAAUCAUGGUCUGGGCUUUGGAGUCAGAAUUCUGAGCACUCAGCCACUUACAAGCUUUAAUCAUUUAACCGUGACGAGCUUCUGCUGCAGCAGAAGGAAUUCUCAAAAGUGGAGCACUAUUUCCCAUUCCAUAGGUUCUUGCCACAUCCCUUUGAAGAGACAGACUGACUCCAUUUCCCCUCCUCUGGAAAUUGGGUGGCACUUUGUGAUUGCCUCCAAGUACAGAAUGCUGUGGAAAUGACACGGCAUCUCUCUGAAGCCAGGUCAUCAAGGGUGAGACAGCUUCCACCUGGCUCUCUUACCGAGCACUCACCCUGGGAACCCAGCCACCAUUGUGAGGUAGCUCAUGGAGAGGACACAUGUAGGUGUUCCAGUCAACAGCUCUAAAUAAGGUUUCAGCCCAUGGCCAGAGUCAGUUACCAGUUAUGUGAGUAAAUGAACCUUCAGAUGAUUCCAACCCUGAGACUUCAAGCUACCGCAGCUGACCCCGAGCAGAGUGGAGAUGAGCUUUACUUGCCUCUGCCUGCCCAAAUGCAGAUUUGUGAGCAAAGCAAAUGUUGUCAUUAUUAUUAUUACUUGAGACAGAGUCUUGCUAUGUCACCCAGGCUAGAGUACAGUGGUGCGAUCUCAGCUCACUGCAGCCUCUCUGCCUCCCAGGACCUCAGGUGAUCUGCCUGCCUGAGUGCUGGGAUUACAGGCCUGAGCCACCAUGCCUGGCCAAUGCUGUCAUUAUUUUAAGUCACUAGGUUUUGGGAUUUUAGGUAGCAAUAGAUAACUGGAAAAACCACUUCACAUGGCUCUUGUGAGGAUAAACUGAGACCAAAUAUAUAAGAUGCCCAGUACAGUAUCUGAAACAUAGUAGAUCCUCAGUAAAUAUUAGUUAUGAUACCUGUAAUGUGUCAAUAACUGCUUCCAUCUGCACACUGCCUUUUCCUCUUCUACAGUCAAAUCUCCCUUUGCCUCCCUUUCAGCAGAACACUUGUGACUAAAUUUAGGGCUUAUCUAGAUAAUCCAGGAAAAUCUCCCUCUCUCAAUAUCCUUAGCUUAAUUAAAUCUAUCAAAUCCUUUUGCUCUGUAAAGUAACAUUCACAGGUUCCAGGAUUAGAGCAUAGAUUCUUUGGGGCCAUUAUUUGGGAAAUUACCUCCCAAAUAGUCCGUUUAUUUAUUUCUCUCUACUUUGUUCCAGGAAAGAUGAUAAUAAGGAAGUAUAGUGUAUAGUAAAUCCUUGCCUUUAAGACAUACAAUCCAGUAGACACAAUAAGCCACAUACUCAAAUACCUAUAACGGAAAACAGAGAAAAUAAGUGCUACAUCUCUUAAAAAUUGAUAAAGGUUAAAAAAAAAAAAAAAAGACUAUAAAUAGCAGAAACCUGAUGAAUGGGAUUGCAGGUUCAGGAGCCUAUUAAAGCAAGGCCCUAGUAGUCUGGUGCGGCUGGAGUACCGGUGGGGAAGGCAGGAAACAGGUGAGUCAAGGAGAUAAACCAGCCCCGACUUUAUCACGAAAGGUCAUUAUAAACUCACUGUUUAUCACCAGUUUUAAGUCUAUAACUUUGUUUCGAUGUCUGCAAAAUACUCCUGGGAAGAAAAGCAAUUAACAAGAACAAUAACAAGCAACAAAUUUUUAAAAAUAGCAAAAUUAAUUACAGAACAUUGUGAACAGAGCUCUGUAUUCAUUUCCUAACACACUACCAUGAACUUGGUACCUUAAAACAACAGAAAUUUGUUAUCUCGGCCGGGCGCGGUGGCUCACGCCUAUAAUCCCAGCACUUUGGGAGGCCGAGGCGGGUGGAUCACGAGGUCAAGAGAUCGAGACCAUCCUGGUCAACAUGGUGAAACCCCGUCUCUACUAAAAAUACAAAAGUUCGCUGGGCAUGUUGGCACGCACCUGUAAUCCCAGCUACUCGGGAGGCUGAGGCAGGAGAAUUGCUUGAACCCAGAAGGCAGAGGUUGCGGUGAGCCGAGAUCGGGCCAUUGCACUCCAGUCUGGGUAACAACGGCGAAACUUCAUCUCAAAAAAAAAAAAGGAAAAAGAAAAGAAAUUUGUUCUCUCACAGUUUUAGAGACCAAAGGUCUGAAACCAGCAGGGCUAGUUCCAUUUGGAAGUUCCAAUGGAGAGAGAACACAUUCUUUGCCUCCUCCAGCUUCCCGUGGCUGUGGGCAUUCACUGGCCCAUAGCCUCAUCACGCUAAUCUCUGCUUCCAUCUGCACCCCAUCUAGAUAAUCCAGGAAAAUCUCCACAUCUCAAAAUCCUUAACUUAAUUAAAUCUGUCAACUCCUUUUUGCCAUAUAAAGUAACAGCCACAGGUUUCAGGGAUUAGGGAAUGGAUGGCUUCGGGACCAUUAUUCAGGCUCCCAACACCUCACAAAAAGAUUCCAAAGUUGGAGAGAAAUUCUAACAAAGAUUUUACUUAUUAGUUUACAACUUUAUGUGGAAAAUAAAGGACUAAAUAAAGGGACACAUAAAGGUCUACCUUCAAGGGAAUUGUGUGACUUAGUAAACAGAAAAGAAAAAAUUGUUGGAUUUGUGGAUUAAAAAGCAAACUUGAAAGUUUGUCUCCUUCAUUUCCUGCUGGCAAGGAAAAAGAGAAAAUAAAGAACAAGAAAAAAAAUCAGGUUUUAAAGAAAAUAAUUUUAAAAACAGAAUUUAAAAAAUACUUGACAUACUUUCUCAGGAGAACAAAGGCAGUCUGCACUGUGACUUAAACGUAACAGUAGUAGAAAUUCAUUUUCAUUGUUAUUGCUCUCUCUUUUUUGGCCUAUAAAGGUCAGGCUCUCUGGGUGCAGUGACUCACGCACUUUGGGAGGCCAAGGCAAGUGGAUUGCCUGAGCUCAGGAGUUCGAGACCAGCCUGGGCAACACAGUGAAACCCCAUCUCUACUAAAAUACAAAAAAAUUAGCCGGGCAUGGCAGCAUGUGACUGUAGUCCCAGCUACUCGGGAGGCUGAGGCAGGAGAAUUGCUUGAACCCAGGAGGCAGAGGUUUCAGUGAGCCAGGAUCAUGCCACUGCACUCUGCCUGGGCAAUAGAGCAAGACUCCUUCUCAAAAAAAAAAAUAAAUAAAAAGGUCAGGCUCAUAGAGUAAGGAAUUCACUGGUUUUCAGAGCAUUUAAGGAAGAAGUGGGUAGGUGUGCUAGUGAAGAAGCUGACAAAAGUGUUGAACUCUGGUACUAAAGAGAGAAAGUAGACAAAGGAAAAAUGAAGCAAGCAAUUAAAAAAAUGUUUUAAAGAGAGAGAAAAUAUUAGCCAGAAUGAAAUUAUAAUGUGUGGAAGGAGUCUACGUGCCCAUCAGUAGGAAAAUGGCAAAAUAUGUUCAUCAGACAAGGACCUACUCUUCAGCUGUGAUGAGGCACAUUCUUCAUUCCAACAAGAAAGGAAGUUCACAUAUUAUCAAGGGAAAAAUCAAGUUGCAAAACAAUAUGUACAACAUGAUGUCAGUUGUGUCGAACUGUGUAUGUGUAUUUGUACCAACACUCAUAUUUCUCAGCAUAUGUAUAGAAAAGUCUGGAAGUGUAGCCAUCAAUGUGUUCAUUCUGUUUACUUCUGAGGGAUGGAAAGGGAGAAGUAUGCAAGGCAGAGAGGGGACUUUUACCAUCCCCAGCGUUUUUAAUCAGUACAUGGCUAAUCUUUAUACUCUUCACUCCAGAUUAUUUUGAAGCAAAGAUAAGACUUUAAUAGAUCUCUGUUGCUUGGAUAUUUUUAUAAUAGGUCUUUUACGAUUUAACAAUGGUUGUGUUCACUGCUGGAAACUGUUAAUAGAUGGCCCACUCCUAAUAGCAAUAGUUUUCAUUUCCUACUACAGUGUCAGGGACUGUUCUUUUUCUUUUUUAUUUUAAUUCAUGUCAUAUUUUGUAGGUAUAUUUAAUAAAUUUAAUACCCAUUAAAUUUAAAUAGAUGCAUCUAGUUAAUAUACUUUAUUUUUCCUUUCUUUUUCUUUUUUAUUAUACUUUUAAGUUCUGGGAUACAUGUGCAGAUGUGCAGGUUUGUUACAUUGGUAUACACUUGCCAUGGUGGUUUGCUGCACCCAUCAACCUGUCAUCUACAUUAGGUAUUUCUCCUAAUGUUAUCCCUCCCCAGCCCCCACCCCCAACAGGCCCCAUUAUGUGAUGUUUCCCUCCCUGUGUCCACAUGUUCUAAUUGUUCAGCACCCACUUAUGAGUGAGAACACGUGGUGUCUGGUUUUCUGUUCCUGUGUUAGUUUGCUGAGAAUGAUUGUUCCAGCUUCAUCCAUGUCCCUGAAAAAGACAUGAACUCAUCCUUUUUUAUGGCUGCACAGUAUUCCAUGGUGUAUAUGCACCACAUUUUCUUUAUCCAGUCUAUCAUUGAUGGGCAUUUGGGUUGGUUCCAAGUCUUGGCUAUUGUGAAUAGUGCUGCAAUAAAAAAAAGUGUGCAUGUGUCUUUAUAGUAGAAUGAUUUACAAUCCUUUGGGUAUAGACCCAGUAAUGGGAUCACUGAGUCAACUGGUAUUUCUAGUUCUAGAUCCUUGAGGAAUCACCACACUGUCUUCCACAAUGGUUGAACUAAUUUACACUCCCACAAACAGUGUAAAAGUGUUCCUAUUUCUCCACAUCCUCUCCAGCAUCUGUUGUUUCCUGACUUUUUAAUGAUUGCCAUUCUAAUUGUCGUGAGAUGGUAUCUCAUUGUGGUUUUGAUUUGCAUUUCUCUAACAACCAGUGAUGAUGAGCUUUUUUUCUUAUGUUUGUUGGCUGCAUAAAUGUCUUCUUUUGUGAAGUAUCUUUGCCCACUUUUUGAUGGGGUUGUUUUUUCUUGUAAAUUUGUUUGAAUUCCUUGUAGAUUCUGGAUAUUAGAACUUUGUCAGAUGAGUAGCUUGCUAUUACAAAUUAGUCUGCUAUGAUAACUUCUGUACAAGAUUUUUCUACCGACAUAUGCAUUCAUUUCCUUUGGAUAAAUAUCUAGGAAUGGAAUAUCUGGAUCCUGUGGUAUGUAUAUGUUUAACUUUUUAAGAUAUUGCUGAAUAUUUUCCGAAGUGGUUGUGCCAUUUUACAAUUCCCACCUGCAAUAUGUGAGAGCUCUAGUUCCUCCACACUCUUGCCAGUAGGGUCACUCUUUUAAAAUUUAGCCAUUCUAACUGAUGUGUGGUGGUGUCUUUUUGUGGUUUUAACUUGCAUUAAUGACUAAUGAUGUUAAUUUUCAUGUCUUCAUUUGUCAUUCAUAUAUACUCUUUCAUGAAGUGUUUGUUCAUGCAUUUUGCUCAUUGCAGGGAGCAAGGGGAGUGUUUUUUUUAACUAUUAUUGAGAUUUUGGAAUUUUUUAUAUAUUCUGGAUGCCAACCCUUCUAUGAUAUAUGCAAACAUAUGUUCCCUAUCUGUGGUUUAUCUUCGUAUUCUCUCAAAAGGGUCUUUCAAAGGGCAGAAGGUUUUACAUUUGAUGAAUUUCAGUUUAUCAAAGUUUUUUAUGUUUUAUGUUUUUGGUGACCAAUAUGAGAAAUCUGUGCAUAAUCCAAGGUUUUCUUCUAGAAGUUUUAUACUUUCAGGCUUUACAUUAGGUCCCUGAUGUAUUUUGAGUUUAACCACGGUGUGCGAUGUGGGUCCAAGCACUUUUUCAUGCAAAUAUUCCGUUGUUGCAGCACCAUUUGUUGAAAAGACUGUUUUUUCUUCACUGAAUUGUCUGGUCAAAAAUCAGCUGUCCAUAUAUGUAUGAAUCUAUUUCUGAACUAUUAUUCUAUUGAUUUGUCUAUUUUGAUGCCAUUUCCAUACCAUCUUGUUUACUGUCACUUUAUAAGUCACCUUAAAAUCAGAUAAUGUUGGUCCUCAAACUUUGUUCUUUUUCGAAGUUGUUUUGGUUAGUUUUUCAUAUGUAUAUUUUAAAAUUUACACAUGCAAUUCUGACCUUCAUAAAAUUUCCACUAGGUGAUUUGUUAGAAGCCCAACAACCCCCUUGUGACCUGUUUAAAUGCAUUAAGGAUAUAGCUGAUAAUGGUUUAAAUACUGAUCCCUACUGGUUAAGGAUGAAAGUAGACAGAGAAGUUGAGAUGGCUAAUACAAAAGCCAACAGUCUUUCAGAAGUGAACAUAGCAUAGAACUGUAGCAGGAGCAUCAAGGGACCUCACAGUUAGCAAAAAGAACCAAGAGAACCUAAGUAGUACCUCCAGUACUUUCCUAGUCAUAGUUUAAUAAGCUCCCAUUUAAAAAUAAAGUACAAAUAAAUUCUAUUCAUCAUUAACACUUUAGUAUUUGAAUCAGGUGAUGAGACCAUAUUCUUUCAGGCAAGAUUAUAAAACCAAAUGGAAGGCGAGAUUUCCCUGGAGGUAGAUAGAGAAGGAGGAGACAGAUUCUUUUGGGCACAGGAAGGAAAGGCAGGACUGGUUGUGAUAUCUGAGGCCCAAAGCAGCCUCAGACAUAGAGAUCAAAAUACCAGAUUUACACACAUGGUGGCACAUGGCCAUGGGGGACUGAAGGGAAAGGAUUUACCAAGAGAGGUGAGAACAUGGCGUUUUGGCCACUUUGCAAAUUAACUGGGGUGCCCCAUGGCAGCAAUUGCCUAAUGAUUGCCUGGAAAAUCUUUAUGUGUGUGUGUUUUUUGUUUUUGUUUUGACUGCCUAUGUGCAGUUCAGCAUUUCGACUUCCUGCUCCAUUUACAGAAGAAUCCCAAAGUUCAUCUUGUGACAUUUGGUCCUUUAUUAAGAGGAAGCAAUAGGAGGUCAUUGUCAGAGGGUAACAUCCUGUACUUUUCCUAUUUCCAUAAAAGGGAGGGGAUUUUGCUGCUUCUCAAGAGUAUGAAAGAAUCACUUCCAACUUCUCUUUAUAACCUUCAUUUACUGUUCCUCAAGUCACAAGGAAUGACUCAUCUGAGUGGUGAAUUGAGAACUUGAGCAUGCCUGGCUGGGCCUUCUGCAUGCUCUCACCACACACCAGCCUGUCGGUAAUUCAUAACUUUAUGGUGCUGACAGGCUCUGCCCAUGCCAGGAGAGAUCUUUUUUCACUAACUUCACCAGUGACUAGGUGGGGAUGAUCAGAUCACAGAGGAUACGUGAAGAAGCCCACUUGGACAUAGACCCACGCGAUAUUCUCCAGUUCAUCUUUAUCAAAAGUAAAUUUGGUAUUUUGAUCUCUAUGUCUGGCUCCUAUGUCCUGGUUGUAAUCUUAGGAAGGAAAGGUAAGUUUUUUUUCUUUUUUUGAGAUGGAGUUUCGCUCUUGUUACCCAGGCUGAAGUGCAAUGGCACGAUCUCGGCUCACUGCAACCUCUGCCUCCUGGGUUCAGGCAAUUCUCCUGCCUCAGCCUCCUGAGUAGCUGGGAUUACAGGCACACGCCACCAUGCCCAGCUAAUUUUUUGUGUUUUUAGUAGAGACGGGGUUUCACCAUGUUGACCAGGAUGGUCUCGAUCUCUUGACCUCAUGAUCCACCCACUAUGGCCUCCCAAAGUGCUGGGAUUACAGGCUUGAGCCACCGCGCCCAGCGCAGGAAAGGUAAGUUUUUGUUGAUCUCCUACCAACCCUAUGUUGGUAGUUCAAGGGAAAAUAUGCUGGUAGGAGGGAGUUAAAAGUGUGAGAGGAAACAAAAUGAAAAAAAAAAUGUGGUCAGUUUAACAGCACUGAGGCGUCCUCAAGGCAGAAAUUCAGGCUGUAAGAACUGGGCUUUGGCUCUGUUCCUGCUGGAGUGGAGCCUACAGGGCUCAUGAAGAAUGGAUCCCAUUUGGGACACGAUGUCAGACUGCAGACAGACCCUCCCCAUCCCUGAUGAAGAGACCUCUUUCACUCUCUUCACCGCCAGCUCCAGAUGGGACUUAAUCGGGUGUUUUACCUGGACAAGGUGCUUUUUUGUCCCUUAAGAAGAAAACAGACUGGUGUUACCUAUGUGUUCAAUUUUCAUUGCAGCUUUGAUUUCUCUUGUGUCCCAACACUUGUGAUAGAAAAGAUGGAGACUGUCUUAGUCCAUUUUGUGUUGCUACAAAGGAAUACUCAAGGCUAAGUAAUUUAAAAAGAAAAAGGUUUAUUUGACUCAUGAUUCUGGUGGACAGAAAAUUCAGGAUUGAGUGAGGGCUGCUGGCUGUUUCCAUUCACAGCAGAAGGUGAAGGGGAGCCAGUGUAUGCACAGAUCACAUGGCGAGAAAGGAGUGGUGGUGGAGAGAGUAUGUGUAAGGAGGUGCUAGGCUCUUUAACAACCAGCUCUGUUGGAACUAAUACAGUGAGAACUCACUCCUUAACAUCCACCAGGGAGGGCAUUAAUCUAUUCAUGAGGAAUCUGCCCCCAUGAACCAAACACGUUUCACCUUCCAGAAUACCACACUGAGAACUAAAUUUUGACAACAGAUUUGGUGGGGACAAACAAACCAUAUCCAGACCAUAGCAGAGACUAUAACUCAGUAUUUCCCAAAGUGUGGUAUGCAUGCUAAGGUAUACAUAACUAUACACAGAGCUCACACCUUAAUUAUCUUAAUAGUUAUGAAUUCAUUUAAGUGUGUAGAAGAAACUGUAUAACUUGUUAAUGACAAAUGACACUGGUUUUCCAUAUAUGGCAGCAGUGUGAAGUUUUACAUUUAAUUGAAAAAAUAAUUCUAGAGAAAAUAAUAGUAUUCCACAUGGUAUUUGAAUAUGGUAGAAAUUGUGCAGAUUGUCUGUGAAUGAUGGAAGUCAAGGAUAGCUAAAAGUAAUGUGGUAGGAGUUACAAGAUACACCUGAGGUCAGGAGUUCAACACCAGUUUGGCCAACAUGGUGAACUCCGUCUCUACUAAAAAUACAAAGAUUAGCCUGGCGUGGUGGUACGCAUCUGUAAUCCCAGCUAUUUGAAAGGCUAAGGCAGGAGAAUCGCUUGAACCUCGGAGGCGGAGGUUGUAGUGAGAUUUGGUGGGGACAAACAAACCAUAUCCAGACCAUAGCAGAGACUAUAACUCAGUAUUUCCCAAAGUGUGGUAUGCAUGCUAAGGUAUACAUAACUGCACUCCAUCCUGGGUGACAGAGAAGGACUCUAUCUCAAAAAAAAUAAAAUAACAAGAUACUCAAAAUAUUCAUUGCUUUUUAGGGGCUAUUCAUAGCGAUGUUGGUUCUUUCUAACAUUGCUAUUGAUGAAUUCUAAGAUUUGUAAAUUAAUACUACAAAUCUUUUAGAGGUUAAUUAUAAUCACAUAAAGUUCACCACCAAUUCAGUCUUUUUUUUGGCUUCCAAAAUGACAGCUGUGAAAUGUACUGAUCCCUGCAACUUACUUUGAAAUGCACAAAAAAGUAUGAAAAUAAUGGAUAGAUAUGUAAGCAAAUAUAACAAAAAAUUUAUCAACUAUGGAAUCUGGAUGCUAGAUAUAUGGGUAUUCACCAUAAAAUUUUCAACUUUCCUGUAUAGUUGAAAAGUGUUCAUAAAGGUUAAGGGAAAAGAUGCUGAUAUGGCUUCUUUUAUGUAUAUUUCUCCUUGGUUUUAUAGGUGAGUUUGUUACAGAGUACAGAUCAAAUGUAGAUUUAUAACCUUGGACAGAUGGCACUUUAUGCUCUGACAUUUCUUAUCCGCCAUCUUAGACAAAUAGUUUUCACUAACCUAGGGAAACAAACUUGCUCUUAGGUUAAGAGUGGGUUUUACAAUGGCCACAGAGGGAAAAAAAGGCAAGAACAUAUGCAAACAGGCUGGCAACCUGCAUCUCGUUUCCUGAACAGAGGUCAAGAACAUGGAGUCACUGUUCAGUAUCUGCAGCUGCGAAAAAAAUGUGAGUUGCAGGCAUGCUGUUUCAUAACUUUCACACAUACACAAAAGUCUUGAGUGUGAGGGGCUUUCCUGUUUCUUCAUUUAAUAUAUAUUGCACUUUAUUAAAGUUGAAAUUUUAAACUGUCUUCGGAAAAUUAUUUUGAAGAGUAGAAUUUCCAAAGAUAUGGAAUACAGAGGGCAACACCAAGUUUCUACUACAUAUACACCUCCAUUAAGCAGAAAAGCAAAAUUAAUCCAAAUAACUUAAAAGCAUGGCAAGUGGCCUUAUUAAACAAAUAAGAAUGAAGUUUACCCAACCCAAGGGCAAUGUUUAUGCAUUUUCUCACAUGCUUAAAACAAACACUUGACAUUGAGGAAAAUGAAAACCUUAAAUGUAGUGCCUGCCCCUCAAAGUGGUUUCUCUGCUAUUUUUUCUAAUAAGGAAGAGUUCUACUUAUAGGGUUCAUUCAAGUUUAUGAGAAUAUUUUAUUUUAACAAAAUGAAAAAUAGUUUUUUCCAGUUCUAGAGAAAGUGCAUCUGAAAGUAAAUUAAGUCAAAGAGGAUAUAUUUUGCUUUUUAUGAAUUCUAUAAAGAAAUGAUGCAUUUUAAGAUCUUUCUUAAAGAUAUUCCUUUAUUAUAGUGAGAUGUGCAUUUACAUUUACAUAUCAUUUAAAUAAUUGUUUAGACCCUAUUCUGCAGCAAAAAAAUGCUACAAAAAAUUACCCCAAAUUUACCCACCCACUGAUUUGUAACGUCACUAAUUUUCCCAAGACCACUUUAACUCUAAAAAAAGUCAUCUUUAAAAAAGAGGUAACAUUACUCUCUUAACCGGAAAUAAUUUAUUACUCAGGAGUGAAUAUUUUUUAAAUUAUGUAGACAUUACAAUUAUAGUACUUAGUGUUUUCCUGUGAAAAAGACAACCAUUCUCCAAGUGUCCCAUUACAGUCAUUCACUGAUCCACAAUUAGUUGAACAGCUUCUAUGUUAUAGUCCCUAGGCAUAUGGCAACAAACUAGAUACACAAAGUUCUUGCUACCAUGGAGGUUACAUUCUAGAGGAAUGGACAUAGAUAAUACACGAAUAAACAAAUAAUUUCAGAUAAUGAUAUAGCCUUGAUGAAAAUAAGCUCAGGUGAUAUGACAAAAAGUGACAACGGAUGUGGGUAUAGUUUUUAAAACAUUUUUCUUAAUAAAUUUUGUUUCAAUGUAAACAUUUACCAAAGUGAUAAAUAUCUAGUUUAGUCAUAUAGUACCAUAAGUAUUUAUUAAUGGCAUUUGUUACAAGAAACAGAAAUCUCCAUCUGCUUCUUCCCCUUAUUCUCAGAGCAGGCUGUUCAGAAGCAGACUCUCUAAAGUGACAUUUGAGCAGAGAAGCGAAUGACAAAAAGAAACUGCCUAAGAUCUGGAUAAAGAGCUUUACACACAGGGGAAAUGAUAAAAGCAGGGAACCUCAGAUAGGAAUGAGGGUCCCCAGUGUUGCUGGAGCUGGGGAGCAAGGGAGAAGGCCUAGGAAAUGAUGUGGUUUAUCUUUUUAACAUUAUCUUCUAUGAACAGACUGGAUCAUGGCUGUGGAGAGGGGAGAGGGAGAGUGAUAGCAGAGAGGAAAUAGGAGACUGAGUGAUAAUGAUGGCUUGGACUCGGGUGUUAGCAGUGACAAAUUCCAGGCAGUUUCGGACACACAGCACUCAGACCUGUUGAUGGCUGGGACAUACUGUGGGGAUGGGGUAAGAAAAACUCCAAUUUUGGAGCAACGGUCUUCCGAUGAAGAUUAGGAAAAGUGUUGUGUAUAUUUUUCACUGUUUUGCCUGCUCGGCAUCCAAAUCUCCUUCUUGUAGCCAUAGAAUCCAUUACGUAAGUUCUAGGAAAGGAUGCACACUAAUUCCUCUCUGCCUCCUGGAAGCUGGAGGACCAUCUCAUGCUUCUGUCCAGGACUGAGAAUCAGGAAUAAUGCAGAGUGAGGAUUUUUUUCCAACUAACUCCAGUGGAGUUCAUGGAGCAGCUUAGUGACAGGGACAGCAACAGCAGCAUCCUAACCAGGGACGGCCUUGAUUGCUGCCAUUCUGACCACCUAGCCACUCUUAAGUUCUGUUUAUUUUCCAAGUCUAUUUCUCCAGCCUAUCCAUAAAAGAAAAAAAAUUAAAAUGGAGGAAUGACAUAUAAAGGGCAUAAAUCUUAAGUGUGCAACUUGAUAUGUAAACACCUAUGAAACCACUACCUUGACCAAAAUGUAAAAGACUUUCAGCACCUUAAGUCUUCCCUCUGAUACACUAUUUCCUCAAUAAAUUCAAUUUCUGCCUGAGUUAGCAAGUCCAUUUCUGGUGGAGGCAGAAUGCAAUCAAGAAAUCUGACUUGUGGUACUUCAGUGUUUAUCAAGUAUGACCCUUAUUGAAUUCAGAAUGAAAAUAGGUCAGGAAAAAGAGAAAAAAUGCAUUUCUUUUUGUAGCAAAGUCCUCAGGUGAGUAAACUUCAAAUUAAGACUUGUUAUUAUUAAUCAUAAUACAACUUUAUCAGACCAAAGUACCUAAAACUUUAUGUAUUUAUUUUAUAAAAUCCUGACCAUCAAAGUCAGUCUGUGGUCUGGAAACUAAAUUCUUUUCAGGGACCACACCAGUAUUCAACCCUGUUUCUUUAGGAUCUCUAACAUAUAAAGCUACAUAAUCAGGAAUUUUCCAGGAAAUUAUUAUGUGGGACUUUACAUAUAUAUAUAUGAAGUCUUCUGGCUUUUUUAUUCUAGCAGUGACUCUAUGAGCACCAUCACCAAGUACAGAAACAUUAGUACUAAUAGUUAACAGGACAUUAUAAGACAUUUUAAUAACUACUAUAUUAACACUACCAACUUCCAAUAGAAGGAACUCACUGAAAAAACAUGGAGUCAUUUCAGUCUCAUUUGAUGGAACUCCAUCCUUCAGCAGCUCAGGCCUUACUCCUUUCAUAGUCCACUGGCAGAUUCUUUUAGCACCUGCUUCAAAAUAUAUCCAGAAUCCAGCCACAUCUCACCAUCUCUAUUGUUUCUAUUUUGCUCUGAAUUACCAUCUUUCUAGCCUGGAUUGCUGCAAAACUGGAUGCUUGAAAGUAAGAGUGAAAUGCCUUCAAAGUUCUAAGGAAAAAUUAGUUUGAACCUAGAACUGCACAUCCACUAAAAAAUAAAGAGUGAGGAAAAAAUAAGAGCCUUGUAAGAAACACAAGAACUCCUAGUUUAUCUCCCAUGCACCCUUUCUGGGGAAGAAAAGGCACUUGUAAAUAUACUACAGCAAACAAACAGAAAAGACAAAUUCAAGAAGGUGUGGGGUUAAAAAAAAAAAAGAAAAGAACAUAAGAGUAUGAAGAAAAUACAUCCUGAGAUGAUAGCUAAAAAUCACUUUG